AUGUAUCUAUUCAGAGACGUGGGCAUGACAACCUCAAUCAACUUCCAGAUCCAAGGCCACAUUCUUCGACUGGUCGAUUGCGAAGGGUCCCACACGAUCCAAGAAGUGUACGAGUCGUUAGACCUCCACGUGGGCCAGUCGAGCUCCUUCCUUGUCACAGCCCACGGGGUGUUUGAGGCCCGAGACUCCUUCGUUGUGGCCUCCAUGCGCUCACGAUCCCAUCCUAUCGGCAACCACCUUGUUCCACUACCAGGGCUCGAGGAGCGCAGCCUUUGGGCCUCUUCCCGUGGGGCCCACUUACCAUGUCCGCUGGUCCCUGAAGCGGGCCCAGACCAUCUGGUGGAACCUGACGGUCAGUGCAGCCCGCCUCAACCCGCAGGGCUCGUUCCACUAUCGGUCUGUGUGGUGAGGACCAUAGUGCUCCAGAAUUCGGCCGAGGGGUUUGGCGGGAAGAGGAGGUACUCCGUCAACAAGAUGUUGUACGUGAACCCGGAUACACCCCUGAAGCUGGCCGACUGUACUUCAUUAAUAUGA